AUUAGCUAGUGCUAACAGCUAGCUGCUAGUGCACUGCUACAACUACACCGACCCUAAUAAUACAGUUCUUGGUCAUUGCCUGGUAACAGCAAAUUUAUAACGGGCCAUGUCUCAACAGACUAAGAAGUUAUUUCAAUGACAUUUAAUAACAUUUUGUUUAUCCUGAGGACCAAAAGUAAAUGACAAUGUGAACAAACCUUAGCUGUAAUAAGAUGGUGACUACCGGCUCCAGGGAUGACCCGCUGAUGUAGGCAUGUUACCCAGCCUGGUUUUUAACGACAUAGGUAUACAGAUCAUGUGGGCCGAAGUCAGGUAAAGACGAGGGCUUCGUGUACUUCCGUACGUCAGUGAACAAUCCUGGUGGAAGCAGGUAAACGUCGUUCUCUAAGCCUGCUAACCUCAAUUUUUGCAAAUACCUCUCCCUCUGCUCGCCCUGUAAAUGCCCUACGUCGCUGGAUAGUGAAGGUGUUUUCUGCAUCUCGCUCCUUUUUCUUUUAUGUUUUUUCCCUGGUAUUUCCCACACGCCUGACUGCAGGUCAGGAAGUUCACCCGCGCUGCAAAGCCAGAAAAAGAUAGCCUGGUAACGUGUACAGAUCACGUACACCAGCAUCAUUGAUUUUCUGGUGAUAUCGCUUCUUACUCGUGUCAUCUAGGCCAGAUAAAAUACUCGACAAUGAGACUUCGUCAUGAUCAACAGUGUAUCGCUACCGGUAGUUGCCAUAUUUGUGGCCGUCAAAAUGGCGGCAUAAAUAUUGUCGCUAUGGAAACAAUGACGUAGGCCGAAAUCCUCUAUAUCUGUGCUGGCUAACCAUGGCAGUGAGUGUGCAGAAAGGUAAAUAUAACUUUAUUAUGAAAUAUUUCCAUGUGUAAAGUAAAAACUAUAUCUGUUUAAUGACAUUUACCUUUACCUGAACUAAAAAUAUUACAACUCUGCUUGAUUGUGAAAGCUAUUUGUGAGCAUGCCUUAGAUGUUUUUUAAUGUUCAGUUGAUGAAAGGGCAUACAGAGAGCCUGUAAAGGAGAACGUGAAUGGCCCAGGUCCUUCAUGGCCUUUGCAACCAGAUAUAGAUGCGCCAGGUACAUCAUCUGGAUAUGUUGUGGACAGAUCUCCACUAGUACCAGUUGAAACAGCAGACACCCCGCAGAAAGCUAUGCAGAAGAGCUGAGGCAAGGAGGGGUGAAUCAGCCACCUCUGAUGCUUACCCUGAAUGCAACGGAGGAUGAUGAAGAUCGGGACAUCGCCCUCAUUUCUUUUUACAAAACUGAUCGUGCCAAAAGCCAAUGGGCAGCACCAUUCCACUGCUGUAUUAUAGGUAUACAUUGACAGAGGGGAUGCAGCCGUUGGUGUGGGGGUCACAAGACACAUUCUGUCAUCAGCCAUUUCCAAGCUGAAACAUGGAUUUAAGCUGAACUUAGGAAAUGCAGCCUUGACUACAUUGCUUGAAGGACAAACUGGCCACCUCGUGCCCGUCUUAUCUACAUCCCUCCUUGAAAGUGACUUGCUUGUGAUGGCUGGAAGGAUGAUUGGUCAUUCUGUGAUACAUGGCGGUCCUACACUGUCAGGACUUAGUCCAGCAGUGGUGGAUGCCUUGAUAUAUUCCACAAAGGAAAUGGCUGCAUCAAAACUCUGUAUGGAAGACUGUUCUGAUGUAGAACACCGGGAAACCAUCAGUCUGGUUAUGAAAGAACGAUGGACUGAGGAGGAGUCAUCACAAAUAAGGGAACUUUGCCUGAAUUGGUACUGCCCAGUUCUAACCAAUGAGACCAACAGAUUGCUGCUCUUUCAGCAGCUUCUUUCUCAUGCGGUACUUGGCAGAGCACAUGCCCAGAUUAAACAAAUAAGAAAGGGAUUGAAGGACACAGGUGUUUGGCCACUUCUAGCCACUCGCCAAGAUGUUGUUCCCCUUUUCUUUCCACGGGAGGCUGAGGUCCAGCUAACUCCAGAAGUCAUUCUUCAAUGCAUCAGAUGGCCCCAUGCCAAAGAAGCCAACAGUGAUGACUCUGAUGAUGACGUUCCAACUGGCACCGUCAGUGCCAUCACAGGUUACUUUCGCACCUUCAUUGAAAACGCAACCUCUGGAAUUCUGUCCAAGCUUGUGAAGUUCUGGACUGGCUGGGAGGUACCACCGAGCACGCUCAACAUAGAGAUAGUGAAGUCCAGGGGGCGAAACCACCUACUAACUGCCAGCACAUGCUACGAGCGUCUACGGAUUCCAGAUCAUUACUGUAGCUAUUCUGGCCUUAAAUCUGAUCUGAUGGUUUGUGUUGAGUCUGUCGACAGUGGCUUUGGCUUGGUAUAGUUUCCCGCAUUUUGACUUGCUUAAAAGGAAUGCAUGAAUGUUUGCCUGACUGUUUUUGUAAUUAAUAUUGAAUUCUAGUAUGUUUUAGUAAUUGAAAUGUUCAUAAUAGUUUGCAGACUUAAAGACUUAAUGCCAUUUUAGGAAUUAUUGUAUUAGUGAACCAUUGGAGUCUAUUUAAAGGUGGGGGGGGGGAGCUACUGCUGUACCCAAAAUGCUCGGCUCUGUAGCAAAAUUCGUUGUGUGUGCAAAUUUCGAUUAUUACCACACAUUUCAUCCCAAAUUGCCUGAAAACAAAAGCUGGCAUAAAAAGCACGGAGAUUGACUUUUUCCAUUCACAUUCAUGACAUUUAUUCAGUGUCUGUUACAAUGUUUUGAGAAAACGCAAAAAAUAAACUCAA